AUGGCAUGGAGCAAGGUGGAUCCCGUCACCAACGUGACGCAGCUCGCCGGCGUGGACGCGCUCAGCCUCAUCGCCAUGAUCGCCGAGCGGGCGAAGAAGGUCCGACGGAACAAGCGCGAGUGCGGCGAGCUGGCCACCGAUGCGGACGCGAUCCAGGGCGUCCUGCGGCAGGUGCAGUUGAAGCAGCACCCGGCGGUCGACGACCUGGUCCAGAAGCUCGAGGCGGUGCUCAGGGAAGCCUGCUUGCUCGUUGCCGCCUGCGAGGCCAGAAGCUACUUCCGCAGGUUCUUCCGCGCCGACAAAUUGGCCGAGCAGUUCCAGUGCAUCAGGCAGCGCAUCCAGUUCUAUGUCGACCUCUUCCCCAUCAUCGGCCAUAUCGACACCACCCAGCGCCUCAUCAGGAUCAUCAGAAGGGUAGAGGAGCAGGAGCCUCAAGCGCAGGUCGGUCUCGCGUCUCCAUCCAUCAUGCCAACAUUAUUUGAUCUAUUUAUCGGUAGAUUUACUAUACCUUAG